GCGCAUGCGCGGUGUUUCUUCCAGCCUGUGGCGCAGUCCGGGCUGAGGCAGCGGGUGAGGAGGAUGGGGGACCCGGGGGGUGAUGUGAACUCCAACCUGCUCAUCUCCACCGGGACCGGGGACUCCGAGCUGGACAACGCCGUCUACCGCUGGCUGCAAUGGGACAAGAACCCUAAAACCAGAGUGCAGAUUGAGAGCCUCCUGCAGGAUGGGAAGAACAAGGAGCUGCGGGACCGGCUGUGCAGCCGCAUGUCCUUUGGCACCGCCGGCUUACGUGCCGCCAUGGGGGGCGGAUUCUCCAGAAUCAAUGACCUGACCAUCAUACAGACCACACAGGGGAUGUACCACUAUCUGCAGAGAUGUUUUCCUGAUCUCCGGAAUCGGGGCAUUGUGGUGGGGUACGAUACACGCGGACAUGCUGCAAGUAAUUGUACCAGUGAGAGAUUGGCUAAGCUGACGGCCGCCGUCUUCCUCAGCCGAGGUGUGCAGGUCUACCUUUUCUCUAGAUACGUCCCGACUCCGUUUGUGCCGUACGCCGUUCAGAAACUCAGAGCUAUCGCUGGCGUGAUGAUCACAGCCUCGCACAACCGCAAGGAAGACAACGGGUACAAGGUGUAUUGGGAGAACGGGGCUCAAAUCACCUCUCCUCAUGAUAAAGAGAUCCUGAAAUGUGUGGAAGAAGAUCCGACACCCUGGGCCGAUUCCUGGCGUGAGAACCUGGCAGAUACCAGCCCACUGAACAGAGACCCCCUGGAGGAGAUCACAAGGGGUUACAUGGAGGACCUGAGAGCCGUCUGUUUCCACAGGGAGAUGAACCAGAAGACCCCAAUGAAGUUUGUUCACACCUCAUUUCACGGGGUCGGCCACGACUACGUCCAGUCAGCGUUCAAAGUGUUCGGCUUUAACCCCCCCAUUCCCGUCCCGGAGCAGAAGGACCCCGACCCCAAUUUUUCAUCGGUGAAAUGUCCGAACCCCGAGGAAGGAGAAUGUGUCCUGGCGCUUUCUCUAAGGUUGGCGGAGAAGGAGGGGGCCCGGGUGGUGCUGGCUACGGACCCCGAUGCCGAUAGGCUGGCUGUGGCUGAGCUACAAGACUCUGACCAGUGGAAGGUGUUCACAGGGAACGAGCUGGCGGCUCUACUUGGCUGGUGGAUGUUCUUCUGCUGGCAGAAAUCAGAAGGGAGAUGUGAGGCGGGGGAUGUGUAUAUGCUGGCCACCACCGUCUCUUCCAAAAUCCUGGAAGCCAUCGCCAAACGUGAAGGCUUACACUAUGAGGAUACUCUGCCAGGAUUUAAAUGGAUCGGAAAAAGAGUGAAAGAGCUCUUGGAUAAAGGGAAAACCGUCUUGUUUGCAUUUGAGGAAUCGAUAGGCUAUAUGUGCGGGACGGCUGUGCUGGACAAGGAUGGAGUCAGCGCGGCGGCGGUGGUUGCAGAAAUGGCCACUUAUCUAGACGGCAUCAAUAUGAGCCUAAAUCAACAGCUCGUCCAAAUAUAUGAGAAGUACGGUUAUCACAUCUCAAAAACGUCCUAUUUCCUGAGCUACGACCCCGCCACUAACAAGAGGAUAUUUGAUCGGCUGAGAAAUUACACCGGGCCAAAGAGAUAUCCGCAGUCUUGUGGAAUGUACGGCGUUCUCCACGUCAGGGAUGUGACCACCGGCUACGACAGCAGCCAGCAGAGCAAGAAAAGUUUGCUUCCGGUGAGUAAGAGCAGUCAGAUGAUCACCUUCACAUUUCAGAAUGGCUGUGUGGCCACCCUGAGAAGGAGCGGGACGGAACCAAAGAUCAAGUACUAUGCAGAGAUGUGUGGGAGCCCCGGACAGGGUGACAAACUAUUCCUGGAAGAGGAGCUGAAGAAGGUCAUUCAGGUUCUGGUGGAGGAAUUUUUGGAGCCCAGUAAGAAUGGUCUGAUUUGGAGAGCGAUGUGAGGAGACCCAGCAAUGUAGAAUCCUUGACGGUUCUCUGACCCCAUUCAUGCUUUGUCUUAACCCUCUGAAUGUAUCAUCAGGAAGUGAAGUGCAAACUGUCCAGAUGUUUCCACAUGUCAGGAUCACGGCCUUGUCACGUGGGUUUACUCCAUUCUGGGAGGUUUUUGUGUUGAGUGGACAAUCGCAAGCUCAGCAGUUUCCUUGCGGUGAUAAAAGGUCACUACUGAUGUGAUGGGCAUCACUACACUAAAAAGGGAUUUGCUUA